ACAUUUAUUUUUAAAUCGAGAAAUAAGUAAAUUACGAACAAAGAAUGGAAAGUGGAGAUAUUUACAAUGAAAACCAGGGUCAAACCCACCCAUCCAGCAAUCCGUCGGACCUAAAUGGGUAAACCGUAAAAAAGUAAACCAACCCUAAAAUCAAACGCGAUUUCUAAUCACUCUCUCGUUUCCCCUCUUUUCCUCUCCUUAUUUUCUCUAAGUGACUGUUUAGUUUCUUCUCCUUCUCGAUCCCGAUCCUCUCCUCAUCCUCUCUAUCUCAUCUCUCUCGCGAAACUAGGAGAGCUAAGGGGGAAAACGAUCUUGAGGUUUAGGGACGAAUGGCAAAGAUAAGGUGGACUAAGAAGAGAAGAACGAAACCACUGAAGGAUAUAACUUCUCCUCCUUUAAAAGAAGCUACUGAUGUUUCUCAACCGGAAGCGGAGUCUGUUGAAGAUGGAGAUGUGAACCGCAACGAAGAUGAAGAGAACGAGAAGUCUCACGAGAGCCUUGAGAGCCCCAUUGAAGAUGCGAACCCAGUUGAAGAGAACCAGAACGAAGAGGUCUCUCCAGGAAACGAAAGUGUAGAUGAAGAGAACCAGAAUCAAGAGGCUUCCCACAACGAAAGUGAAGAUGAAGAGAACGGAAACGAAGAAGCCUCCGAGAACCAAAGUGAAGAGGAAGAGAACUCAGAGGAGGAAGCGGCAAACGUGGAUGGAAAUGGAAAUGUAGUACAAAGAGAGGAAGAGAACUCAGAGGAGGAAGCGGCAAACUUGGAUGGAAAUGGAGUACAAGGAGAGGCAGAGAACUCAGAGGAGCAAGCGGCAAACUUGGAUGGAAAUUCCAGAGUAGGAGAGGAAGAGAGGUCAGAAGAAGUAGAUGUCGGUAGAGAUGGAGGAAGUAGCAGUGAAACCGAAAGCGAGGAUUCCGACAAUGAGGCGUUAAAACCCUUGGGCAUGUACUUCCAACCGUCUGAGUAUAGGAAGAAGAUCAAGAUCUCGACUAGGUGUUUUAUUGCUGAUGUAAUGAAAACCUUUGCCGAAUUAGUCCCUCCAAUAACUCCGACAGAGAAGAAUUGGUUUGUGAAUCAUCCGCAAUUCAAGCACAUAUUCCACAUGCCACAGGCUGGAAACCACAAGGUAAUGGGCAUGUGGAUGCUCCUUCUCCGAACCACUCGCAUUGCAAAGGAAAAAGAGGCAUGGUUUGCCGUGAAUGGUUGUCCGAUCCGCUAUGGUAUCAGAGAACAUGCUUUGAUAUCUGGAUUGAACUGUCGGAACUAUCCAUUGAACUACAAGGAGGCCGGAGACACGAAGUUUGUGAGGAGAUGUUUUGGGAGGGGAAUAAUAAGAUAUCAAGACGUGAAAGCUAAAGUUCUUGAGGGAAUGGAACCUUCUCGUGAUAGGUUGAGGCUGUUGGUGUUGUAUUUUCUAUCGAGUGUUCUUCUUGGACAGACGAAGAGCGGAAAUGAAGCCCCUCCCGUGGAUCCAUUCUUGCUGAGAGCAGUUGAUGAUCUGAAUUUAUGUAGAACUUUCCCUUGGGGUAGACUGUCCUUUGAUUACAUGAUGAAAGAGAUUGCACACACUAUGGCUCAUUUCGAUGGGGAGGUGAAAGAAGGUGUGAUAUGGCCAAUUCCUGGUUUCUGUCUUCCAAUGGAGAUGCUAGCAUUUGAGGCUAUUCCUGUAUUGGGUAGUAAAUUCAGAGAGGCCGUUGAUGACCCAGACCCAACAUGUCCAAGGAUGUGCCAAACAAAGUUCAAGCAAAGUGAGAUGAAGGGAUUUCCGCUAUGGAAAAUAAACAAAGCACUUGGUAAUACUCAGGACAUUGAUAACGUUUUGGCUGUCAGAGAAGAGGAACGGAGUCUACUAGAGCGGAUAACAGAACCAGAGGAUAACAGAGAUAAGGAUGAUGCAAUUGUCGAUAGCUGGAUGAAGAGGGUGGCUCGUGGAUAUGUUGUAAGAUUUGUCGAUAUGUUUGCGGAGGAUGUGGCAGCCCGAGAAGGCCCUCCCCCUCAGACAGGUGGAAACGGCAUUGAAGCCAAUGAAUCAGCAGAGAACUCGGUGCAGCUAAAAGAAAUAUUAGAGGCCGUUAAGAAAUUCAGAGAAGAUGUUGGAGAGCGGAUGGACAGGAUUGAGAAUAAGGUUGGAGAAGUUGAUUUAAGACUCGCAGUGUCAGAGGCUUAUAUUCACGAGCAGAUAGCACUUGGUAAGAGGAGUAAUCAGGAGAGGCCUGAUAAGGAGGUUGGCUGUAAUAAGAGGUCAAAGAAAAAGUGAGAAGGUUAUGUCUCCUUUUGGUUUGUUUUAAAAGUAGACUUAUGUUAUGUUGGUUGCUUUUGGUAUGUUUGUUUUUUAGACUUAUGUUAUCUUUUGAACGAAAACGAAGGUUAUGUCUCCUUUUGGUUUGUAAGAAAUUUAUGUAAAACAUUAAAUGUUGCAUUUUAUUUCUCUUUUAUU